CGGCGUAGGCGAAUAAUAUAUGUAACACGUAAUAUUGAGUUUUUCCAGCCAAAAUUAUUAUACCGGUCUUAUUAUGAUACGGAUUCUGAGGGCGCCGAGAGAUUUGCUAUUCAGGUUUUUUAAAAACCAAAAUCGAACAUUCAACAGUAUAUAUAAUCACAAUAGAAACAACAUCGUUCUUUCUGACCCCAUCACAAAGGUUCUUAGAGAAACAAAUCAAAAUAAUGUUAGAAAUGCCAGCAGCAAAUCCCGAAAGCGACCACCGGUAUCCAUACACGGGAACAAAAUAUUUAAAGAAGGCGAAACGAGAAAGUAUUCUCCAUUCGAUUUUUCUGGUCAGUCAACAGCCGAGUGGAUAGUGGCAAGAACAGAUGAUCUCCUAAACUGGGGUCGUAAGCAUUCCCUCUGGCCCCUAACUUUCGGCCUGGCCUGCUGUGCUCUCGAAAUGAUGCACUAUGCUGCUCCCAGAUACGACAUGGAUCGUUUUGGCAUGGUUUUUCGCGGGUCUCCGCGGCAAACUGACGUCAUCAUCGUUGCUGGGACUGUCACCAAUAAGAUGGCGCCGAUUCUAAGGAAGACGUACGAUCUGAUGCCGGAACCUAAGUGGGUGGUGUCUAUGGGCAGCUGCGCUAACGGUGGUGGUUACUACCAUUACACUUAUUCGACGGUUCGAGGAUGUGAUAGAAUUAUACCGGUGGACAUCUACGUACCAGGGUGUCCUCCUACAGCCGAGGCCCUGCUAUACGGCAUGCUUCAGCUCCAGAAGAAAAUCAAACGUAUGAAAUCUGUGCAGGUGUGGUAUCGGCAUUAA